GCGAGUAAACGUAAAGGAAUUCAUCGGAAUUACAACGCGGGAACCAGUGGCACAGCGCAACGCUCACAGCACAAGAAAAGUUGGAGACCCAGUUUUUGUCUGCAAGGUCAUGACAUGAUGAGACUUCCUUACCCGCUUCCCUUUCACGGUGUCCGAGCACUCGACCUCCGUGGUGCGCGAGUAUCUCGACGUCCUCGGUCGUUAGUGUUUCAGCUCUAUCUUCUUGUGCAUCGUGUCGUAAGUACUACGGCGAACCCGUACCACGAGGCCACGACGCAUGCAGACCUGGAUACAGCGGCAGACAAGCACGGGCAUCAGCUUCAAGCCGUACGAAAAUUGAAGCCGACAGGAAACAGUAAAGGUGAGCUUAUCGCAGACACGAAGCAUCAGCAUGACAGCGAACAAGAACAGCCGAGGGACAGUGAGCGAGAAGAGGAGCUACUGGAUGGACAUACACAGCGGGGACAAGCAGAAGCCGAGAUUUCCGAAGCGGAUCGUCCGGAUUCCUUUCUGCUUGCACCCCAGGAACAAGAAUCCACGAGGGACAUGGCCGCCGAGAUUGCCGACCUACAGCCGCGACCGCGUGUUGCAGCGCUAGAAGCGCAGCACCAGGCCGACGAACCUGAACAUAUCCAAGAAAGCGACCCCGCCCUACAGCAAGAGAGCAAAAUAGAUCGCGGCGGGGCAGCAUCACCGCCACUACCGAGGGAAGGAGGAGUGUCCAACAACGUGGAAGAUUUGGUACCGGCCAUGGCCCGGAAGAUGGAAGAGAUGGAACAGCAAUUACAGCAGCAAGCUGCGGAGUUGCAGUCCCUCCGCGCCGUCGAUGGGCCGGCCGACAAGCGUACUACAGCACUGGAGUUCGCGCAUUCGCUGCAAGACAACACUACCGAUGCAAUACAGCGCAUACGCGACGUCGGAGCCAUAAAUGAGAGAGUCUCCCAGAAAAUGGCGUCCGUCCUCCUGGGAAUCCUUCGCACCGACGCGCAGAGAAGCGCGUUGUUCACCCUAAUAGCUUUCCUCGCGGUGCUGUUUUCCUCCCUGUUGCCGCUGAAGCUGGUCCUGUUUCCCCCGCUCUUUCCCACCGCAGAGGACGUGGUCGAACUCCGUCGGCGCGGCAUGGGGCGGCUCGUGGAAACCAUGGCACUCGAGGAAUACUACGUGCUACCCUGGAACUUCGCGAAGCGCGGCACACUCAGCUCCGUGUGCCAGGUACAAAAUUCUCCCGAGGGUAUCAUCUUCUCUUCGUGUUUCAUUCUCGCAGGGGUGUGCCUCAUUCUGAGUCAGUACACGUUCUUGCUGCACUCCCCCUGGUGCUUCAUGAAACAGUCCCAGGCGAUCGAUCUCGGGAUGGACUUCGCGGUCACCCAGACCCAUAAUGAAACCAUCCUUCGCACGGUGCUGUUGCUCGUUCCGGCGAUCUGUUUCAUUCUCACCGCAGCGAUGCCUGCCGCCUCGUUUGAUGAAGAGGAAAUUGGGCGCCUCGACACCGUGAUAGAGCAGGAGUAUCCGGCUGAGGCGCCGGCGAUAGAGAGUUACGACUACGAGGCCGAGCAGCAAGGGGGGGAGAAGGAUGGGGAUACGAAAGAAGCAGCGGUGGAAAAAACAACAUCUCCUGCCGAGGCUCCGCGGCAAAGCAACCUUCUAAAGCACCCUGCGAAGCUUCUCCGCCACGUGACAGAGUCGCGCAAGCGACGCUACAUGAAAGUGUUGGAGCUGUCGCACAACCUUUUCGCCCCUACCGGCAUGGCCCUAAUGCUCAUGUUCGAAACAGUGCAGAUUUUUCUGGGUGAGGGUGUUCCAGUUCUAUUUGGAUUCCAGCUGUUCGGCCUGCCCACCGGCGGCUCCACGUACCACGUCGAGGGGAUAAGAAAAGACCAGCCCUGGUGGGAAGUACAUUAUGAUCCGGCUACGGGGAGCCAUUUAUCGAGCUGCCAGAAACGGGCGCUGAUGCUUGAGCAGAAUGACACCUUUUUGGCAGGACUUGCUGCGCGCGCCCUCGUGGUUCUGUUGGCGUGGCUCUUUAACACGCUAUUCGUACUACUCGGAUUUGUGGUCUACUUCCGGGUGUAUCUUGACCCCCACGCCCCUUCAGGCCCGCUCGUGCCGACGAACUACACCCUCCUGUGCCGUUCCACUGAGUGCAUGGUUCUUGAGGUCCUGGCGGUGUGCUCGGUCUUUCUCUUGCCUGUGCUUCGGGCGGGCCAGCUGCUGUACUUCGACAACGCUGUAUUUCGAGAAAAAAGUCUUGCAGUUACACACUUUAUUUCUUCGUAGAUUUCUCUUAGCCGCACAGAGUUUAUAGCACGUCUGUGUGGCUUCUACCUUUGAAUUAUUCAGGGGCCACGAGAGUCGGCCGGCAUGACAAAGAAGAGACGAGAAAAAUUUGUAGAACAAAUGCGAAGAAGAUCAACAGGGAAAAUGCGCAUCGUGAAGCUUCUUUGUCUCGCUUGCUCUGCAAGAAAGAGCACAGACUGAAUCUACUGUAGGUGUAACACUUUUUUCCUUUCAUAGCGCGUUACAGAUUCAGAAGUGCUACUGGACCCGGGUUAUCACAUCGGUGCGAGCGUGCGGGAAGCAUGGAAGGACUCCUAUAUCUUUUGGAGACAUCCCAUCAACACCACCGGCACCCUGCAACAACCCUGUGGGACCACGUGGGACUUGGUGCCAGAGGCAACACACAAUAUGUGUCGGACAACUGCUAACUCAACCGAACCCCCACGGUUCUGGUUCUCGAGAUACAAUGAGACCCAACUGACAUAAAAAAAUCCUAUGAAUGACUUGUCGACUGACUCAGGAUCAGACCUGUUGAAGAAAAACAAGAACUUCAAGCGACCGAGUCCGGCGAAUAAACCAAAUUUAUAAAGAACUAUCAAAAGGCAAGAAAAUGAAAAUGAUACCACACAAAUGAUUCGGAAUUGCAAGGCUAAAUAACUUCUCAUCCAACGGCCGGGUCGAUG